UCUUUUAUAUAUAUAAGAAGUAAGCACUUGAAACAUAGACAGAUACCUCAGGCCAGCAUCACAAGGGAUGGAAAGCAUUCCAGUGAAGACCUUGAGCUCAGGCCACAUACACAUGCCCAUCAUAGGCAUGGGCACUGCAGCAUAUCCAAUAGUCACAUCUGAAGAUACGAAGUGGGCCAUUCUUCGUGCCAUCGAGAUCGGUUACAGGCACUUCGACACAUCACCUGCCUACAUCUCAGAGCAUCCAUUAGGUGAAGCCAUAGGCGAAGCUCUUCGCCUUGGCCUCAUAAAAUCCAGACAUGAACUCUUCAUCACUUCCAAACUAUGGUUUACUGACGCCCACAGACACCUUGUCAUCCCGGCGCUCCGAAAAACACUCACGAAUCUUCAAUUGGACUACCUUGAUCUCUAUAUCAUUCAUUGGCCCAUCAGCUCCAAUGAAACAGGAUAUACAUGGUCACCUAACAAGGACCAUCUUCAACCCUUGGAUUUCAAGGCUGUCUGGGAAGCCAUGGAGGAGUGUCAGACUCUAGGCCUCACAAGGUCUAUUGGAGUCAGCAACUUCUCUGGCAAAAAUCUGGCUGAAUUGCUCCGUACGGCAAAGAUCAUCCCUGCCGUCAAUCAAGUGGAAAUGCAUCCUUUGUGGCAGCAAAAGAACUUAAGGGAAUUUUGCGCGACGAAGGGCAUUGAUGUCGUCGCCUACUCUCCCUUAGGAGCCAGUGGGACUCUUUGGGGAACAAACCAAGUUAUGGAGUGCAAGGUGCUAAAGGAGAUUGCGAAAGCGAGAGGCAAAACCAUUGCUCAGGUUUCAUUAAGGUGGGUGUACGAGCAAGGGGUGAGUUUUGUGGUGAAGAGCUACAAUGAAGAGAGGAUGAAGGAGAACUUGCUCAUCUUUGAUUGGGCUUUGACUGAAAUAGAGUCUCAACAGAUCAGUCAGAUUACACAAAGGAGGGGAUUUACUGCAGUCGAGUUAGUCUCAAACAGUGGGCCCUACAAGUCCAUCGAGGAGUUGUGGGAUGGGGAGAUAUGAUAGAAUAUAAGCAUCUUGGAAAAUCAAAUCAGCUUAUAUGUUAGAUAUUUUCUGUAUUCUACUUCUUUUUUCCUUUUUAAAGGGGCUCAUAGAGAGGGGCCUCUGCACGUGUGAGAGAUCCAGGCCAGUCAUUGGUUAGGCCUAAUGUGAACAUGUCCUAACCAAAAAGUCUGGUCAGUCAUCACAGCCGCUAGUCGAAAUUCCACACAGGGAUGACUUGUGACUUCUUUAAUAUCCUCCCAUUUUUCUACCACCAGAUAAUUGGACUCGCCAGACUUUUAACUAGGGAAUUCUCAUGGUGGUCCCCACUUGAUGAAUGGUCUGGAUCACUUAAUCGCUUACCAUGUUGGCAUGCGUGCGGCAGGGUGCCUUCUCGGCCAUCUCGCGGGCCCCAUCCUGUUACCGUUAUA